AUGCAGCCCCCUCGCCUCGUCCUCCUCCUCUUCUUUCUCCUCCUCCUCCCUGGGACGUGGGCACAUCCAGAGGGCUCUUGUAAACUCCAUCUUUUCCAAACCUCCGUCUUCCACAACACCAGCUUUGUGGACAUUUUGGCCUGGGCCACCCUGGAGGACAUCGUCUUUGCUACCCUGCAGAAAUACACCUGGAACAUCCUCUACCUCCAGCCAUGGGUCUACCCGGCCCUGCCAGCAGUAGAGUGGGAGAACUUGCAAAACCUGUUCAGGAUCUACAUGCACAACUUCAACCUGUCCAUGUCCGGUGAUGCCAGGCUGUACCAGACACCCUGUGAGUACCAGGUGCUCAGCACCUCCUCGCCCAAGGCAGGGAGCUGUGAGAAGGAGCUCAGAGCCACCACCAACAGCUUUCCCAAGCUGGGGCUGGCAGGAGGGCAGGGAAUGGGCCUCAUCCUGCACCAGCAAGACCCCCAAACCCACCCUGACCUGUAUCCCUUUGUGUUCCAGGGCAUGGCUGGCUGCGACUUGUAUCCCAAUGGCUCCUAUACCAAAUUCUUCCAUCUCGCCUUCAACGCCCAUGACUUCCUCAGCUUUGACGUGGACAACAGCCGCUGGGAGAGGAAGCAGGAGAGUGAGCUGGCGGCGCAAGUUGAGAGGCAGUUCAACACCUUCACUGGCUUCUCUGUGACCCUGCAGCACCUGCUCAAUGUCACCUGUGUUGACCACAUGAAGAAAUUCAUCAAGUAUGGGAGGGCAGCUCUGGAGAGACAAG